AUGGAGCUGAGACCUGAUGCCAACCACAAGGAGAAUGUGCCCCCCAGGCCUGCGGCGCCCCUGAGGCCAGAGCAGCCCAGGUUCCUGAAGAGCCGAGAUGUGGGCCUGGGCAGUGGACUUGGCCGGUGGGCGCGCUCGUACCAGGCCCAGAGGGGAGGGCCUGCCGCCACACCGUCCCCAGGGGCCGAGCUGCACCAGGAGACUUGCCGAGUCCAGACCAACCUGGCUGGCCCGAGCCCCGGCCUGAGCCUCGUCCUGAAGGACACAACUGGCCGGCUGAUGAGCUCAAGCUUGCAACAGCAGAGCAACCUGGAGCGCCCGGCCGGCAGACCCCAGGGGAGCGCCCGAGAGCUCGCCAUCCAGCAGAAUAACCUGAGCAUGAGGGGGACCAGCUUGGCUGAGUGCAGAAGUCCCAUCAGCCCCCACCUCUGGCCCCACACGACCCCUCUGUCCCCACACGAUCCUCGCCCCCAAGGAUCACUGGUUUGCCCAUCCUCCAGACUGAGACAGUCCCGGCUGCUGGCCACAGACUCCCCCGGCCCAGACGUCCAACCCGCUGCAGGCUUUGCCCCUUUCAAUGGGCACACACGACCAGGCUCCAGACCCUGGUGUGGCCUGGGGAGCUGGCCCUCUAGGCUCAGGGGGGAGCCCCUCACCCUGGAAGACCUGACUGUCCCUGUCCAGAGCCAAGCUCGGGGCCCAUCCCAAACUGCCAUCCACCAGCUGCUGGCCUCCGUGCGACACCUGGAGCACGCAGUUGCCCGUCUCGGGUGCCAGGCGUCCCAGGAGCCCAGCAGUGGCCAGGUACUCCCUGCCCACGCCCAGCCCAGCCAACCUGUUCUUGCUUCCUGGGAUGGGAGGAAGAAACACCUGCCAGGUCUCAGGGAAACUGCCGAUUUCCCAGAGACACAAGGGACCCAGGCUGGCCUCUCAGACUCUCAGGCAAACAGGAAGCCUGCGUCCCUGGAGACCACGCUGGGGAUCCUGACUGGGGAUUUCCUUGACCCUAAGCAGGGGGUCCUUCUGACCAAGCCCCUGAGGCAAGGAGAGAACUUCUCCCCGGGGCCGACAUACGGCAGCGGGCAGAGGGGAGGCCCCUGGCUCCCUCGAGGGGUGGGCAGCAAGGAGGCCAGGCUCUGCUCUCCGGCCCACUCCCGUGUGGCCCGGGGCGUCCCAGCUGGGCGGAAGGGGGGGCAGGUGACUCUGCUGGAGCAGAUCAGCAAGGAGGAAGAGAGGAGGGCUUCCUGCCCAGCAGACGCAGCCCCAGCAAGGAGCACCAUGCAGAAAAAAGCCCGAAACGUGGUGAGCCUGGAGUCCGAGACAGCCCGCUGGCAGUGGCUGUCCAGAUGUUUUGGAGCCUGGUGGCACUUGGUGCAGGAACGGCGGACAGCGGCUGCAGCAGAGGCCCUGGGCCACCCGCAGGUGUUACGCAGAGGCCUGUGGGCGCUUGGGCGGGCUCCGCGGCUCCAGGAGGCCCAGCUGGAGGUGGCGUGGAGGCGACACACUCAGGCCUUACUGGCCCAGAACUUCCAGAAGUGGAGAAACCGGACUCUGCAGCAGAAGCAGGGGCAGCCGCACGUCCAGGCUGGGCCAGGACCCCCACCCUCUGGGGCAGGACGAGGCCAAGGCCCCUCAGGAAGGGAGCCAGGGGUGGACCCCACCAGGAGAAACAGUGUCCCCCCUCCCCGCUGCCCCCAUAAGAGAAUGAAGAUGAAACCCGCAGAUGUGGACAAAGCUUUGUGCAAGAAUGCACCCAGGGUGGCCUUGCUGGACACUCAGCAGCGGAGAGCCUGGCUCUGCAGGUGCUUUGGGGCCUGGCAGCAGUUUGUGCAAAGAGCCGCCCGGUCCCGGGACCACCUGGCCCGCCGCCAGGCAGGGAGCCUGAAGUUAUGUCUGCAACAGUGGGUGCGGAUGAAGCAGCUCCGGGCCUCAGAUGGAGCGAAGGUGAUCCGGCUGUCCCUCUGCCACCAGAAGGCAGGGAAUGUGGCCCUCUGCAGCUCAGCGCCUGGAGCGGCUACAGCCCGUGGCCUGGGGGUAGUGUCUCAGGCCCAGGGGCUGCCCCAGGAGCAAGGCAGGGGCUCCCUGCAGGAAGCCUGCCGGAGACUGGCCCUGCACCGGGCACUGCUGCUCUGGAGGACGAGGCUCUCCCAGUGCCAGAGGGCGGACUCCUUCCUCCAGGGCAUGCGGCAGCAGAUGAUUCGGCGUAUCCUGAGGGGGUGGCAUUUGAAGGCGUGGGGUCCGAGCACCCCAUCAGACAGUGCCAGGACCACCUUGGCCCUGGAGCUCCUGAGCGGCAUCCCAGGAAGGGAGCCCUUGCUGGGCUGCAGCCCACCCCGAAGCUCACUAGAAAAGGCUUCCAGGGCCCCCGCCCUCUUGGAGACCCUCCGGCUGAGCUUUUUGUGGGCCUCUGGGCAGCGGCAGAAGGCACGGUGCCUUCUGCUCUGGCAGGUGCAGGCCCAGCAGUCCCGGGGUGCAGCGAAGUGGCACCGGUGCACUCUUCAGAGGCGCAUCCUCCUCGGCUGGAGCCACUGGGCCACGGCCCGAGGGGUCCGGAGAGAGCUGGCUGUUGGCUGGGCCUGGGAGCGGAGCUGCAGGGCCGCGCUGGGCUUGUGGCGGAGGCGGCUGGUGCAGGGGCGAGAGGUGGAGCAGUGGGUUCGGGCGCGGGGCCGCACACUGGUUCGACGCGCCCUGAACUGCUGGCAUUCCUCCUGGCAGAGGCAGCAGUUCCUGCAUGCAAAGUACCAGAGGUGGGUGCAGGUCCAUCUCCGAGGCUUGAGGAGAUCCGUGUUCCAGAACUGGCGGCAGGCAGCAGCUCGUCGGAGACACCCAGUGGACCCCCCAGAGCAGCUUCUACUGCACAGCCACUUCCAGGCCUGGUGUGGAGCUGAGAGAGAUACAGGGGUGGUCCCGGCCACGGGAGCCUCUCAGGAUGGCCCGAGAAAGGCCGUGGGGGCCACAAUUGCCAUGUGGCAGGAUGCCCGAACAGCCAAGGCCUGGGCACAGGAGCAGUUUGUGGCCCGGGCCUCCGUGGCCCGCUGGAGAAGCCACGUGCAGGGGGGCCAGGCGGACAGGCAGCUGAGCAGGGCCCGGGCCCGGCAGGCCUUCGUAGCACGGCAAGCAGCUCUGGGCCAGCGCCACAAGGCCCGCCGCCUGGCAGAAGGCAGAGUGGCCCUGUGCCGGACACAGCGGGUGCGUGAGUCCCGCCUACGCCGGGUCAGCCGAGCCCGUGCUGCCCAGAAGCUGAGCGCCAGUGUCCUAGAGGCCUGGGCCCAGUCAGCAGCCAGGGGCCGUGUGCAGCGAGCCACCAUCACCCAAUUCCAGCAGGCUGGGUCCAGACGCCUCCUGUGGACCCACUGGGUCCAGUGGCAGGCAGCGCUGCUCAACCCACUGCUUCGGGACACUGCCCGGCCCAAGCCAGCACCACCGCCACGGCGAACAGAGAAAGCAGAGAGAAACGUCCUGGGCUCAGAGAGGAAGUACCUGCAGCGCUGGCACCGUGAAGCGCCAAUUCGCCGGCUCCGGGGCCCCCAGCGGGCCAGGCACCUGGCCGCACCGGGGCAGCACCGGGUAGAUGCUCAGGGCGCCGAGCAGCUGGCACGGACGCUGAGCGCUAAGGCAGUGGCACCUGAAGUGGGCCUGGCGUGUGUGGCGGCGGCGGGCCCUGCAGCUAUGGGUGGCUCAGCGAUUACAGCAGCAAGAAGGCGACCGGGUCCUUUCCCAGGUCCAAAUGCAAGGUCCCAGGAACUGCCCUGGUUCAGGGGCUCGGUCAGCAACAACCACCCCCUCUUCUUCUCAGGGAGGAUGUUGUUCCACCCACGAGGUCCUCUGCGGAGGGAGGAGCUCCUCAUAUAG